AACUAAAGCUCCAGGUUCAAGGAUAUAAUCAUUUGUUCCCGGUUCCUUUAUCAAAGUCACUGUCAAGCCCGAUGCUGUGCUUGCAUUUCCACAGAUAUAAACACCUGGAAUUUAUCAAAUAAUUGUGAAAGGUGCAAAUGAAUAUGUUCCCACUGUAAAUGCAUUAUUGUUUCCCGAUGCCGAGAUGGCGAAGCAACUCGUCGAGGACUUAUUUCUCAUUCUGGAACUUCCGGAAAGAAAAUCGGAUAUCGUUGGCUAUAGAAUAAUAUGAAGUUAAUCGAAAAAUUAAUUUUUGGAAAUUUGAUGGAUAUAUUGAGAAUUUUUUUUGUAUGAAUCCAAGAGGAGGACAAUUUUUUAUUGGCAAUUUUCAAAAAUCUUGGUGGAAAUUCAGAAUUUUUUUUUGUAUGGAUCAAAAAGGAGGACAAUUUUUUAUUGGCAAUUUUCAAAAAUCUUGGAAAUUGAGGCGGAAAUUUAGAAAUUUUUUUUGUAUGGAUCCAAAAGAAGGACAAUUUUUUAUUGGCAAAUAUCGAAAAUCUUGGAAAUUGAGGCGGAAAUUUAGAAAAAUUUUUUGUAUGGAUUCAAAAUAAGGACAAUUUUUUAUUUGUCAAUUUUUAAAAAUUGUGGUGGAAAUUCAGAAAAUUUUUUGUAUGGAUCAAAAAGGAGGACAAUUUUUGUAUUGGAUGAUGAAGUUUUUUUGAUGGAAAUUAAGGUGGAACUGCAGAAAGUUUCAGGUUGAAAUCCCAAUUCCAGGUUGUUGAUUCGAAUGAAAGCGUGAAGAAAUCAACAUUCCCGACUCCUUAGAGAGACAGACACAGAUACAAACUCGCACAUAGUGGGAUUAAAAGAGCCGGGAACUGGACAAAUUGGAUUUGUUCAAGCCCGCGGAGAAUCAAAUGGAGGUUUCGUAUCAAAACAGAGAGAGAGAGAGAAAAAGAGAGAGCGUUGGUACGAGUUGCCAGAUGUUGGAAUUGUUGGAUUACAGAUGGUCCCACGCAGUCGUAAAUCCUAUUAUCGUGUUUUCAAAACGGCAAUUUUCCGCAAUCAUUUUUUUGAGAAUUGAGAGAAUUUGAAAAUUGCGAAAUCAUCCCCAUGAAGGAAAAAGGUUAUUUUAUUUUUGAUUGUGAAUCGUAAAAAUACGAAGAAGAACCUUUACUUCAGCCGCCGAUUGAAAUUGAGGUGAACCCCAGGCUAUAUGAAUGAAAUUUCUUAUAUAUAUUUUGAGAAAAACAAACAUGACUUCAUUCGUCAAACAAUCGCACUAUUUCUCAUUCUCUUGUGACGUCUAUUUUAUUUAUCAAUCAAGUCUCGCGUUUUUAUUAUUUUGGAAAUUAAUCCGAAUAAUGGGUAAUGCAAUCCGUAUCAGUUUCUUAUUAUUAUUAUUUUUGCAAAAGAUUCCUUGCAAGUUUUUCACGAUCGGCUUUUAUGAAUGGCUUCUUCUCUCUUAUCAACGUGUGAAAUAUUCUGUCACUUCAAAUGGUUUAAGUCUUUUUAAAGAAGAAAGAGAAGGAGGAUAGAAGGUGGCGGCAAAACUUAUGGUGCUUCCUCAAGAAGAGAAUGAGACUGUUUGUUGUUGAGCCCUAUUGAAAAUAGGGCUCCAAAUGACCUCCCUACGUCCCUGAGGAGUAGUGAGAGAAAGAGAGAAAGAGGGGAGAAAGCCCCGUCGUCGUCGUCGUCGUAGUCGUCGAGAGAGAGGAGGAAUUACGGGGAACGUGGUUCACGCGAGGACGAUCGCCGUGUAGUCAAACAACGACUGUAGUUGUAGUAACAUCUCUCAUAUUCGUCUCUCGCCAUCAAAAAAUGAGAGAAAUAUCUUUUCAUUUCUGAGAUUAAUAAAUUGUUAACAAAAACAAAUUUAGAAAAAGUGAUCCGGAAGUUUAGUUCGACGAAGUUAAUUUUUUUUUUUUUUUUUUUACUUCCAAUAUUGAAUGAAAAUAAAACCCACGUGCUGGAAAUAUUUGAAUUCCAAUAUUGCAUCUACGUGCCAAGGAUAUUUAUUUUCAUCCUGCCUCUUAUUCUCUCUCUUUCUAAAAGUGAGUGUUUUCCAACUGAGGUGUGAGUGGUGUUGAUGAUCCAAGUGAAGUGACGACUACCAAACAACGUUAGAAAAAAAAAAAAAAAAAAACAAGUGGAAUUCAAAAAGAGAGAGAAAAAACAUUUGGAGGCCUAAAAGAGAAAGGUUCUAGUUAAAUAAGUUAGAAAGAUCAAAGGGAAAAGGAAGAGGAAAAAGAGCUAUAAAAACCGGAAGAUAUAAGAUAAAAGGAGAGUUUUUAAAAAAGGAAAUUAAAAAGAAGAAAAAAGGGAGUUAAAAAAAUUAGUUUAAAAAAGAAGAAAAUAUUGUGAAAGUAAUUGUGAAUAAUCGUUGAAAAUUGGAGCAACAAUCGCCGACAAAGUGAAAAACAAUAAUAAGGAAAAAUUGUUGUUUUUUUUUUUUAAGUGUCUAUUGAAGCACGCAUGUGGAUCCCAUGGCUACCGGACUUGUGAGAUGGUGCCGGACAAAGUUGUUCACAAACUACAAGUCCUUUUCUGUCGUUGGCGGCAGUGCAGACGGAAGUGAUUCUGAAUUACUGUUGCGAAAUGAUGCGAUACCAUGCAAUAGUUCACCACCACCUCCACCAUCAGCAUCGUCAUCACAUCUACGACAAUCUGAAUCUCCACCACCUGCAGUUAACACCCCCGUUUCACCAACGCCUCCAGCUACCAAUGAAGAGCAAACGAAUUCAAAUCCCACUCGGCAGCUCAGCUUCGAGGAAUUUGAAUGUGAUGUCUCGGUUGCUGAGGGCGGUGGUAGAAGGCAGGAAUUUUCAUUUACUCUCUAUGGAGUCGAUGGUCAUGGACGAAUAUCGAAAGACGAUAUUGCGGGUCUUGUGAAGGCAAUUUAUGAUACACUUGGUUCAAAAAUUCAAGCACCAUCGUGCGGACAAAUUAAAGUAAAACUCACCGUUUCACCUGAUCAACGUUCAGCAACUCAUGGCACUCCAAAAACUGCAACAUCAAGUCAAAAUCGAAAUUCAUCAUGCUGUCAUGUGACACACGUCGAUCCAUGCAGUCAUGCAAAUCAAAUUUCAUCACGUCGAACUCAUCGUAGAAGACGAGCGCCACGACAUCGUUUUCAGUCUGAGCAACAGCAGCAGCAACAACAGCAACCGGCGCGAAAUCCAAGUGACGAAGACGCAGAGAAUAUUCCGACAAAUCCAUCAAAGGAAGAAGAACUCCGAAGAAGAGUGGGGCCUGUUCCCCAUCUCAUUUCGCCCUAUUCAAACAGUUCCGAGGGCGAUGUAAGUGAAGCCAGUGAUAUUUCGCCAACCCUCACACCAUUGACACCCCUUGUAUCAAAUCAUCGAAAACGAAGCGCAGCAAUGCAACGACAACAGCUGUUCGAAAUUAUUCAAGCGAAUAUGGAAAAAAAUAAUCUUGGUGUUAAUAAUUCAAGGAAGCACCAUGAACAAAUACCUAUUCGAAGUCCCUAUGCCGAACCGCCGAGUCCCUAUUCACAUCAACCGCAACAACAACAACAACAACAACAACAAAGGUACCAGCAUCAUCGACAUUCAUCAAACUAUCACAAACCAAAUCGAGAGCCAGUUUUCACGAGUAGUAAAGUCCCCGUUAAUAAAUCAAAAAAGAAUAGUGGAAAAGCACGGGGUUCAAAUGCACCGCGAAAUACACCAGUCAAUUCGCCCAAAAGUAAUGUACAUUCGCAAAUCCAAGCGCAAGUUCUUCAACAAAAUGCAGCGACACGUCACGUUGCCCAAGUUGCACAACAAAUAAUUAACAAGAACAAUGUCUUUGCUCAUGUUAAUAAUAAUUUAAAAAAUGAUAUACAACAUAUACAAACGCCAUUAACGGGUAAAGGAAGUAAAAAACAUCAAUUGAAACAUGCGACUAGAGAACAGGAUCAAGCGCGAGCAAUGGCACAAGUUGUACGUUGGUUGGAGAGAGAAUUUUCACAAAAUUCUGUUGCUGCCGCUGCGGCCGCCGCUGCAAGUGGACAAAAACAUGUUCACGAACAUAUUCAUCAUCAUUAUCAUCAUUAUCAUGCGGAAGCUUUAGUCUAGUUCUGCCAAAAUUUUUUCACUAAACAAAAAAAAAAAAAGAAAAAGGUGACGAUAUAGACAAAACAUUCGUUCUAAUUUUGUUUUUAGAGUAAUAAAAGAAUUUUUGUUAAGUAAAUGGUAGCAUUUUUUUUUUUGCUGUUUUAAUUUUGUUUCAAUCAUAGAAAGUGAUGAGACAAAUUUUGCAAUUUUUUUUUUGAAAUUAAAUAAAUUUGCAAAAAAAAAACUUCACUAAUUCUUUUCAUGAUUGAAAUAAAGAUAAAUCAACAUAAUAAUUAGAAAAAAGAAAAUUGCAAAGAGAAUUUGCAAAAACGGAAUUUUAUUUUGAAUUUAAAUUUAAAGAAUUAUAAAUUGAACAUAAUUCGAUGUCUUAAUUUAUGUUCAAUUUAUGUUUAAAUUGUAUUUUUCUUUUAUUAUUUGAAAUAAUUUUUAGAGAGAAUGUUCUGUCGUCCAUAAAGACUAUUUGUUUUUAUUUAUAUUUUUAUUUAUCAAAUCGAUAUGCGAUUUAUGUGAAAACACAUUGUUUUUAUGGCAUUUUAAUUUGAACGGAAUUUUAAUAACUUUUUUUCAUAAAAUUCCAUAAAAUGUUGGUAAUGUUUUUUUUUUUUUGUAUUUUUAAUUAUUUUUUUAUCUUCAAACAACAAAGUGUUUAGAAUUGGAAAAUUUUAAAUUCUAACAUUUACAGUUUCGAAAGUACAGUUACAGUUUUCGCUUUUUAGUAAAAGAAAAAAAAUUAGAAACAUCAGCAAAGUUGCAAAAAAAUAUUCGAAUAUAGUCAAUUAAAUUUAAAUUUAAAAUUUAAUUUUAAUUUCAUUUUUAAUUAAUUAAAAUUUAGCUCCUAAACUCAAGCAUGAACGCAAAAAUAAUUCAAAAUGUCUCGAAACAAAAUGUUUUCACUUUGAAUCCAUCGAAAUACGACUGUAAAAAAAAAAAAAAAAAGAGGAAAUGAUAUAGACUUUUUUUUCGUCUUGAGUCUUUAUCAAAAUCCAAAGGCCUAUGAUAAUUAUUUAUAUAAAUUAAUCUUAAAAAAAAAAAUAAAUAAACUUGUUGUAUACAUGUCUGACAAUAUAAAACCGCUCGGGCUUUCAAAUUGUCACGUUUUCUAUGAAAACUUUUUUUUUGAAAAAAGUGAUUAACAUUUUCACUUGUAUAGAAUUUUGUUUUUUUUUUUUUUCACUCUUCUAGCGUAGCAUUUGAAAGUUUUUUUUUACCGAGCAGUUAACAAAAAAUAAAAACAAACGUAUACGUAUAGAAUAAUAAGAUUGUAAUUAUAUAUUUUUUAGUCUUCCUUGCAUCGAGAUUUCAAAAGAUGUCAUCUCGAAUGGGCGGAUUCCAUUUUUUGAUCGAAAUUUUUUCGAAUUUAAUAGCAAUAUUUUUUGUGGUUUAAAAAAUUUGCGUACAAUAUUAAAAUGUUUUUUUUUUUUUUUUUUUUAAUAAAAGAAAAAGAUCUCAGGCAUUUAGUAAUUUAGUAGUAUUUGUGAUAUGCAUUUUUGUGUAUGAAAAAAAGGGAAGAAGGAAAAAAAAAGUACCUCAAUUGUAGAAAAUAUUAUCUUGUGAAGGAAUUCGUUCAAAAGGGAACAUCAAAUUUUACUUUUUGAUUGUAACGAAGAGAAAGUGAGCUUCUGGUUGGGAUUUUGUCUGAUUUUUUUUGCUAAUUUGUAGCUUAGAAAAAGAACAUUUAUCUUCUAAGCGAAAAUAAAAAAAAAUGAAAAAGUGACAAUAUUUUUCUAUUAUUAUCGAUGCAAAGUAUUAUACAUUAUUUAAGAAUUCAUUCUAGUAAUAAUAUUAUUAAAGGAAAUAAAGAAAAACGAACCAAUAGUCCUGGAAAAAUAAUAUACAAUAAUUCGCAUAUGAAACAGGGCUUGUAAUUUUUUAUUCAAACUUUGUAAUCUCUGUAGAUUUUUAUUGGUAUUUAUUAAAACACAUUUUUAUAAA